AUGUUCUCAAUUGCACGUCGCAGGACCUUAAAGACUUCUGGUCCUCUUAAAUUGUUAAUUCACCAUAGAUCUUUAUGUCCCAGCAAUCCAAGCUUACCUACACGGGCUUUACGACAACCAUUUCACUCAGCCGGACCAAGCCUUGAUUCUUUAUAUGAAGCACGUAAGCCUAUUGAGAUUCAUCCUCAAGCAGCCGGAUCUACGAUACGAAUUCUUCCCGAACCUAUACCAAAAAAUAGUACCUCAGAUAUCCCCACGAAACCGAAGCUCUCAUUUCGCUCUUACAUAUAUGCCACGCUCUGCCUAUUGGUUGGCUCUUUGGGCGGGAACUUUGUCAAUGCUGUCAUUACACCACCGCUACCUCCGGUAGCAAAUACACCGCAGGACUGCCUUAUGAAAGAAUAUCUCCACGAGAAAGCUGCGGCACUACCGCUUGUUCAAUCUUUAACUUCUGACCCGCUCUGGGUGAGCGAGGAGUUAAACGAUCGGCUCACCACCACAGGACCUCUCGCGGGAUCACGGGCGCUAGGUGGUUAUCUGAAGACGUUUCGCCAUUCUCAGACGGGCGAAAUCGUCCAGGUAAUCUGGAUUGGGCCUGCACUAGCGGGAUGGCCAGGAGUCACCCAUGGGGGCCUAACCGCUACGAUUCUCUAUGAGAUAAUUUCAUUAUGUGCUUUAAAAUCCUCAAGUGAUCCGGUAACUAUAGCAUCCCAAUUUGACUUGGAUUAUAUUAAGCCUGUUUUAACGAAUAACUUCUACGUGGUACGGGCCACCAUUGAUUUCGGCGAGGAUAAGCAGCAACGUGUUUCUGGAAGUUUGGAAACCAUGUCAGGAUCAGUGUGCCUUGAAGCGUCUGCGCGCUUCAAUGUCACUAGGGACUUUACAAGCCAAUAA